AUCUUCAUCAACAACCCAACUCUCUCUCUCUCUCUCUCUCUUGCAUGCAUUGUCGUAAACCCAGUUACUUUGAGAAGCAUUGGCGAAUUGGGUUUGAAUGACUUUCAUGGUAGCAUGAAAAAUGCCUUAUUUCUCACAUCUCCUUUGCUUUAUCACACUAAUUCUUCUACAACUGAACUCUCUUUCUUCAGUUUCUUGCCUUAAUCUGCUAGGGCCACCAAAUUCUCCUAAGGUGGGUAUGUAUUUUGAAGGAAAAGGAAGGCUUGGUUCAAGACCACCAAGUUGUCACAACAAGUGCAACCAGUGCCACCCAUGUAUGGCGGUUCAAAACCCAACUCUACCGAGUCACGACAGAGUCCGGCCGGGUUUCACCAAGACCCAGUUAUCUGACUAUUCUUACGGCGGUGGUGGUGGUGGGCGUUACUCCAAUUACAAGCCUCUUGGUUGGAAAUGUGGCUGCCGUGACCACUUCUACAACCCUUAAGAAAAUAUGUUUUCUUCACUAAUUUGAUCUUGAUUUCCUCUGUUUUUUUCCUUAUUUUUUUUUUCAAUAUUGGUUAAUGGGGGGUUUUAGGAUUCUUUAGAGAUGAUGAUGUAACGUGUUGAUUGUUUCGGCAUUAAUCAGUACAGACAGAAAAAAUGUGAUACAGUGUACAGAGAUUUGUA